AUGAUCAACAUGCAGCCCGGAGGGGGCUGCAUGCAGGAAGACACCGAGAGCUCAGGGGAUGAAAGAGGUGGAGCAGAGCCGCUCGGAGCCAGCUCCCUCAGCCUGGAAGAGUUCACGAGGCUGCAAGACGAGCUGAUGGCAUUGAAAAUGUACCACGAGGAGCUCCUGGGUGAGAAGCGCUGGCUCCAGAGCCGCGAUGUGGAAAAAGUGUCGCAGGCACCUAAUGCCAAUGCUUGGCCAAACGCGGCGGCACUGACUCGCUCUUUGUCCACGCAGGUUAAGGUGGGUACUGAUGCUCUGGGUUCCCUUGGUGCCUUCUCGGUGGCCUCCCUGGCCCACCGUGCGAAAGGGAUGGACGAAGGCCUCAAACACGAAGUCGAGUCCCUCCGUCGCCGGAUCGCUUCCACGCUGGAGGAGGCCGAGGAGUUUCGGCACGUCGCUGCAGCCGCACGUGCAGCCUGCGAGAUGCAGAGAACCUCGCCGGACGCAUCGCCCGGGUCCACUGCGACGCCAGAAGGCGAAGGGCAGGACAUGACGGUCGACGAGGAUGAAGACAGCGCGGACGACGAAGAUACUGUUCUCCUGAAGCAGAAGAUCAAGGCGCAGCGGUCAGAGCUGGAUCGUCUCACGGAAAUCUUCCAACGUCAGCAGGAGCAGCUGGGCAUUCUUCAAGACCAGCUCUCGGGCAAAACUUUCGAGAAGCAGAAGCAGGUUCAGCGUGAGGUCCAGGCAAAGCUCCGGGACACGGAAACGCAGGCCGAGGGCAUUCUGCGGCAACUACGAAGCGUGGAAGCGGAAUACCGACAAUCCACGGAGUUGAAGCAGCAGCUCCGCGACUUUGCCGAGCAGGCGAUCCAUCGAGAAAGUGUGCUGGCAGAGAUGCGCUUGGUUUUCGGGCACCAGGCAUCUGCAGAUGCCGUGCUUCGUGAGAGGUUGCACAUGAUCUUGGAAGAACUGCAGAGCUUUGCAUGGAACCGGAGAAGACAGAAAGCCUUCCCGGAGGCAGAGCAUCUCUCGGCGUCGAUCGCCGAAGUCCCAGGCACCCAGUGCGUCGACGACUCCGACAAGGAUCACGAAAUCGCCUCUGCUUCCGACACUGCAAGUCCCGCCUUUGCUCCAUGCACUGCUGAAGUGGAGGUCCAAGCGGAGCUUGAGCUUUCUGACUCUUUGCAGGCCCUUCGGCGGCGGGCGCUGAUGCAGGAGAUUGACGAUAUUCGCAUCGAGAAGGCCCUCGUAGAGAGGCGUGCGGCCCGCGAAUUGAAGGAUUUGGAGGCCCUGGUGCUGAAUUUGGAUCGCCAGCUGUCAAGGAGAGCCGAGUCGACCAAAGUGGCAAAGCAAGAGGCAGCUGAGGCGGAACCCUGGCGAGGCGAUUUGGACGAAGCUGUUCCAAGCGUCCCUGCCGAUGUGCAGAGUGAAUGGUUCGCUGCACAGAAGGUGGAGUUCCACGACAUCAGCUCUGAUGGCGAGGAGGAUGUCCGAAGGAGCCGUCCGCUGGAGACCGAGGCAGAGGAGGAACCCGUGGAGGCGCCUGCGGGCUUGGCUUUCGUGCAGCGCAUUGCCGAACUCGAAAUGCGAAGUGACGAACUCAAGCAGCAGUUGGAGGAGCUUCAUCACUCUGAGUCGGCGCUGCGGAAGGAGAAUCAGGAGAAGAACGACCUCAUCGCGGUCUUACUGCGAAAGGCGAAGCUCCCGGAGAGCAAGCCGGCCGGAAGCGCGCGCUCCGCGCCGGGAGGCCAUUGGUGGAGCCAAGCGUCCCAAAGGUCUGCGCAGGAGGACAUCCAGGAGCUUGAGAGGAUCGUCGAAGACACGACCGAAGACAACAUCCGUUUGAGGAAUGACAUCAAGAUCAUGUCAGACGAACUGCGGAAAGUGAUGGAUGUGCAGCCGACAAAGGCGAAGAGCUGGGGCUACUGGGCUAGGCGUCCUGUUUCAGAGCGCUGCAGCUUCUGGGGUGUUGUGCGACUGGCACUCCGAAAGGACUCCGACUUCCUUCUUUCUGCCAUCGGCAUCCACGGCUCUGCGCUCUCCUAUGCAGCAGAGGAGCUUCAGGAGAACUGGGACUUCGUGAUGGCUGCGCUAAAGGUCAACGUUUCCAGUUUUGCACACGCCUCGCCCGCCUUGCGUGGAAAUCGCCACUUGGUCGAGGAAGCUGUUCGCUGUCGGCCGUCUUCGCUAGCUCACGCUGGCGAACUCCGCGAAGAUCGCGACAUCGUCCUCGCGGCCGUGGACACCUCGGGCUUCGCUUUGCAGUUCGCGUCGCCGAGGCUGCGAGCAGAUCCCGAGGUCGUUCGUCGGUCGGUUGCGCGAGAUGCUGACUCGUUGGCAUUCGCGGAUCCGAAGCUGCAGGGCGACAAGUCAUUGGUAUUGGAGGCCGUCAGGGCUUGUCCGAGCACAUUGGAGUUUGCAUCGCCUGAGUUAAGGCGUGACAAGGACGUGGUUCUCGAAGCUGUGUCGCGUUGCGGCUUCGCCCUGAAGCAUGCAGCGCCUGAGCGGUGUGACGACGAGGACGUCAUCCUGGCAGCCAUCCGCCACAGUGCUUCGACGCUGCGCCGAGCCUCCUCGCGGCUUCGCUCUUCGGCAGGGUUCGUGCUCGAGGCUUUGGCUCUCAACCCGGGAGUCCUCUUCCACGCGGAGGAGGUCUUGCGGAACAGCAAGGACUUCGCACUGAAAGCCGUGCAAAGACGCGGCGAUUCUCUGAGGUGCCUCCACGAGAAGUUCCGCAACGACAAGGAGGUCGUGAUGCUGGCGGUGCGCGAGUCUGGUCACACGCUCGCCUUCGCUUCGGAGGGCCUCAAGGAUGACAGGGAAGUUGUGUUAGCGGCAAUUGGCGUGUGCGGAUCAGCUCUCGUCCAUGCGUCCCAUAGGCUCCGAGCAGAACGCGCCGUGGUACUGGCAGCGGUGAGUCAAGAAGGCUCUGCCCUUGCCUACGGCUCCGAGGAUUUCAGGCACGACCGAGAGUUCAUCAUGCUUGCGGUGGCGUUGAACGGACUCUGCCUUCAGUAUGCUUCUUCAGAUCUUCGCGCCGAUCGUCAGGUCGUUCUCCAGGCCAUCAAGUCGAAUGCUCUAGCGCUAGAGCAUGCAGACUCGAGGCUGAAGCGCGACAGAGAGAUCGUGCUCACCGCGUGCUUGCAGCAACCACACUGUCUUGGCUUCGCUCUGGAUUCCGUCAAGAACGACGACAUCUUCAUGAUUUCUGCCAUAGCCAGGCAACCAGUGACCCUCCAAUAUGCUUCCGAUCGUUUGAGAUCGAACAAGGAGGUGGUCCUCGGUGCGUUGAAGAGCCAGCCAGAGGCCAUCAAGCACGCCGACCCUACCUUGAGGUGCGACGCAGACUUCCUUCGAAGAGCGCUUCAGAUGAAUCCGGAGAUCUACCCUCACUUGGACGAGCCACUCCGCAGCGAUCGAACAUUGGCAAUGGCGGCGAUAAGGAUCCGCGGCAGCGCGCUGCAACACCUACCGCCGAGCCUCGCAAAGGACCAAGACCUCAUUCUACUUGCAGUGCGGACUUUCCCCAAGGCCUUCUUUUUCGUGCCCGAUGCUCUGCAGUCGGACAAGGAGUUUAUCCUCGCCAUGACUUUGCGGAAUCCUGAAGUGCUCCAGUGUGUCCCGGAGUCUAUGCGCAACGACAGGCGCUUCGUCAUGUCGUUGCUGAAAGCUUGCCCUGCCUGUCUGGAGCACAUGCCCUACGAGUUUCAGGCGGACGCAGAACUGGUCCUUGCUGCGCUGCAAUUUGAUUCUCAAGCAGGGGAACUGGCCGAGGAUGACAUUAUGCCGGAGCAGCCGCGGCCUUCCUGCGACCGAGGCCCAGGUUCCUGUGGCCGCAGCUCCCCGCUCGCCUUCGCGGCCCACGUGCUGCGUUCAGACAGACAGUUUCUGUUGGCGGCUCUGGCGUUGGACGCAGAAGCCUUGGUGUACGCGUCAGAGGAUCUCCGCAGAGAUGAAGACUUCGUCCUCGCAGCCGUGGAGGUAAACGGCCUCGCCCUUUCGGGUGCCCACCCAUCGCUGCGGAGCGACGCUGCCUUUGUUCAGCGCGCCCUGCAGGUCGAUGGUCGUGCGCUCAUUGCUGUCAACGACCCGCUUAGGGCGGACAAGGACAUAGUCCUGGCCGCUGUGACUAGUCGGGGCGAUGCUUUGAUGUAUGCCGCCGACAUCUCGCGGGCAGACCCGGAGAUCGUUCUACGCGCGGUAGAGCGGUGGGCCCCGGCGCUCCGGUUUGCGUCACCAGAGCUUCGAGGGAAUCCUUCGGUCGUCCUCAGUGCCGUCCGAGUGUGGGGAGUGGCCCUGCAGUAUGCGCAUCCGCAGGUGAAGGCGAACAAGACCGUCGUUCUGGAGGCUGUCAAGAACGAUGGCUUGGCUUUGGCUCAUGCGGCCCCCGAGUUACGGGACGACAAGGAGAUUGUCGUCGCCGCUGUGAAGCUUUGGGGCGGCGCUCUCGAAUCUGCGACUGCACAUCUCAGUCGUCCUGUUCAUCCACAAAAUCUUUUGCUUUUUGAAGCUUCUUCGGGCUUGGUGUGCUGGCUGUUUGAGCAGCAGCAGCCAUGUGUGCCAGAGCCAACCUUCAAUCUUGAUCCGUGUCGCUCCCGACUAACGAAACUCGAGGAGAACGCAUCUCCACGGCUUCGUGCAGACAAAGGUGUGGUGCUGGCAGCUGUACUUGGAUGUGGGGUUGCCCUGCGUUAUGCAGAUGAGACCUUACAGGCCGACAAGGAAGUUGUUCUCGCCGCAGUGGCAAACGAUGGUCUGGCGCUCUUCCACGCCGGACCGGAGCUCCGCGGAGAUCGCUCCGUCGUUGCGAGAGCGAUCAAGAGCCAUGGAUCGUCUCUUGCAGGAGCAGCACACGAGCUUCGAGAGGACAAGGGCCUGGUGCUCACCGCCGUGGCCAAGCGCGGCGAGGCUCUGCGCUACGCAGCUGAGGCCCUGAGAGGUGACGAGGAAGUUGUUCUUUGCGCAGCGAGAACCUGGGGCUCUGCCUUGAGCUGGGCCUCGCCGGCGCUGAGGCGGCGGAAGGACUUCCUUUGCCGGAUCAUGGAGGCGCACUUUGCGACAGAGCGUGCGGUGAGCCCAACAGACAGAGGCUGGCAGAGUCUGCGCCUUUGA